AGUUUUUAAAUGUAUGAUAUUUCUCUUCCAAAUAGUUGGAGAGACUAGAGCCUUAGCUUGCAUUCAUAUAUUAGUCAUUUCAGCUAUUCAGACAUGAAGUGUGUAUUAUUGGUACAAAUUUUAUUAUAUUUUAGAUAGGGGUCACUGCAGGAUUGGGCUGAGAUUUAAAGUCUCUGGAAGAAACUUCUUUGAACAGCUGUACAGCUGAUCUGCUUUUGAAAGCAUGCCUGUUAUCUGUACUGAGACUCAAGUAUCCAAUACUUUCUGGGCCUAUUAAAUCCUUGCUUUAUACCACAGAGUUCUAACUUCUUGCAGGAUGUGCAAACUACUCUAGUAAUCAUUCCAUUGUAUGAGUGGUGCCAUGGUAUAUAUUUGUGGCAUGUUUGUAUUGCUGCAGUUUUAGCUGUUUUAGUCAUACUGACUGAACAGUGACAAGCUUCCAUGAUUCUGUCUUCAAAUGAACCCUUUUUCAUUUUCAAAACACUUUUUCCUGAUCUCUUAAUCCAGGCUGAUGCCAAGUCCAUGCCCUCCAGUGGAAUGUUAGAUGGUACCAGACAGGAAGAAGUGGAAGGUGAACUCAGUGAAGAAGAACGCUGGUUUGGAAAUUCUUCAGAGACUCCUUCAGAAGCAUCAUAUGGAGAAGUCCAGGAGAACUUUAAGUUGUCUCUUGAAGACAGAAUCCAAGAUCAGUCCACUUCCCCAGAUACUUCUUUGGGAAGUGCAACUCCUAGCAGCAACACAGUGGAGUUGGGAACCAUUGAAAAUGAAGCACUAAGAGACACAUUACAGAGCAAAGAGCACCUUUCUCCUGAUGCGUCAUCUCUGUGUGAGGAAGAACCUCCUGGUUCAAAUAAGCCACUGAGUAGUAAUCUGAGGCGGCUGUUGGAGGCUGGCUCCCUCAAGCUGGAUGCUGCUGUUACAGUCAAUGGCAGAGUUGAGUCUCCUGUAAAUCUUGGCUCAAAUCUCUCCUUCUCUCCACCUGCUCAUCAUGCCCAGCAGCUCAGUGUGCUUGCCAGAAAGCUAGCUGAGAAACAGGAACAAAGUGACCAGUACAAUGCAAGUAGUCAUUUUAUAUGGAAUCAAGGUAAGUGGUUGCCAAACUCAACCACCACCUGUGGUUUGUCCCCCGAUUCAGCUAUCCUGAAACUGAAAGCCGCAGCCAAUGCUGUUCUGCAGGACAGGUCUCUUUCAAGGACUGAAGAUAAUGUAAGAUUUGAAUCCUUUUCCUCACCUUUUAGCUCUCAGUCUGCCAGCUCCACAUUAGCAGCUUUAUCAAAAAAAGUGAGUGAAAGAAGCAUGACUCCUGGGCAGGAGCACCCGCCUCCGGCUAGUUCUUUCCUUUCUCUGGCUUCUAUGACCUCUUCAGCUGCCCUGCUCAAAGAGGUUGCUGCAAGGGCUGCAGGCACCCUAUUGGCAGAGAAGAAGAAAUCACUGGUUGCUGAGGAUCCCCUGCAGCUUUCAGAGAUGAAGCAAGAAAAAGCAACUCCACCACAGUCUUUGGAAUUAUUGUUACUGCCAGUCUCUAAGGGAAGAGCAUCCAAACCCACUAGUACAGCCUCAGAAGAAGAAGGAGGAAAGCCUUUCCAGUGUCCAAUCUGUGGUUUGGUUAUCAAGAGGAAGAGUUACUGGAAACGGCACAUGGUGAUUCAUACAGGUUUGAAAAGUCAUCAGUGUCCACUCUGUCCAUUUCGCUGCGCGCGUAAGGACAAUCUCAAAUCACACAUGAAGGUUCAUCAGCACCAAGACAGGGGUGAGACCUUUCAAUGCCAGCUAUGCCCUUUUACCUCCUCCCGCCACUUCAGCCUGAAACUCCAUAUGCGUUGCCAUCAGCAUUUCCUCAGGACAGAAUCCAAAGUGAAGGAGGAAAUACCAGAAACUGAGGUGAAGGGGUCACCACAGCUAAAUAGUGACUCCUGCCCGGGACCACAGAGGGAAGGAGUUGGACCUGACCUUAUGGGAUCAGCAUCUGUGUCUAAAACAUCUGAUGUGGCUGGGCAGGCUAGUGGAGGUAUUCCACCUUUACUAGUGAAAGAAGAGCCCAAAGAUGACAAUGGCAUCUCAGCUGCACCUUUUGCUCUUAGUACUGUUGACAGAACCCCCAACAACACAAAGCUGAAAGACUCUGACUUUGUGGCCAGUACAGCAUCAGCACUAUUCAGCCAAGACAUCUCUGUCAAGAUGGCAUCAGAUUUUCUUAUGAAGCUGUCAGCUGCAAAUCAAAAAGAGCCCUUGACUCCAAAGUUCAAAGUGAAAGAUGAGCCUAAGGAUGAAGAAGCUGCAAGUUCAACCUUGUCUCAGUCCAGCUAUGUGUUCAGCCAAGAAUCUGAAGCCUCAGCUCCCAGUGUGCCUAAGGAGAAACUCAAGCCACAGGAAGCACCGGCAAAUAUGAUGAGGCAGGACAUAUCGGUCAAGGCAGCGUCUGAGCUCCUCAUGAAGCUCUCAGCUGAGAGUUACAAGGAAACCCAGACUGUAAAGAUAAAAGAAGAACCAAUGGAAGUUGACAUUCAUGAUUCGCAGACUUCAGUGUCACCCAGCCAACCCAGCCAAAAUGUUGGCUACAGCACUUUAUUAGGGCGAGACAUUAGUGAACACAUCCAGAAGGCACCGGAAGGUCGUGUCCUCCCAGAGCGAAAUCUGUUCAGCCAGGAUAUAUCGGUGAAGAUGGCAUCUGAGCUGCUCUUCCAGUUAUCAGAAAAGGUGAGCAAAGAGCACAAUCACAAUAAAGAUAACACCAUCAGAACUACAGUCAGCCCUUACUUUUCUGAAGACACUUUUAGACAAUCACCAUUCACUUCCAACUCAAAAGAUCUCCUGCCUAAUGAAACUGCUCUUCAUGGAAGGACAUCUGCACCAGAAACUGAAAAGCUAGGGUUGGAGGCAGGAAACGGAUUGCCAUCGUGGAAAUUUAAUGACCAGCUCUUUCCCUGUGAAGUGUGUGGAAAAGUGUUUGGUCGACAGCAGACUUUGUCCCGCCAUCUCUCGCUGCACACAGAAGAGAGAAAAUACAAAUGCCACUUGUGCCCCUACGCUGCUAAGUGCCGUGCUAAUCUGAACCAGCACCUGACCGUCCAUUCUGUGAAGCUGGUGAGUACAGACACUGAGGACAUUGUCAGCGCUGUCACUUCUGAAGGCAGUGAUGGAAAGAAGCACCCUUACUAUUACAGCUGUCACGUGUGUGGGUUUGAGACGGAGAUGAAUGUCCAGUUUGUCAGUCAUAUGUCCCUUCAUGUGGAUAAGGAGCAGUGGAUGUUCUCGAUCUGCUGCACAGCAUGCGAUUUUGUCACCAUGGAAGAGGCAGAUAUGAAGGCUCAUGUCAACAGCAAGCACACAGCUGAGGAGAGGAAGACACCCAGUGAAUCUAACAGUCCAUCUUCAUCUUCACUGUCAGCACUCAGUGACUCUGCUAACAGCAAAGAAGAUGCAGAUGUAUCUCCAAAAAGCAAGGGUUCAAACAAUCUGCUGGUCAUUUCUGUAGUGCCUGGUACUCAGACCUCACUGAAUACUGAAGAGAAGUCAGAGAAAGGCUUUGAAUGCGUUUUCUGUAACUUUGUCUGCAAAACAAAAAAUAUGUUUGAGCGCCAUCUGCAAAUCCACCUGAUCACACGGAUGUUUGAGUGUGACGUGUGCCACAAGUUCAUGAAGACACCCGAGCAAUUAUUGGAGCACAAGAAAUGCCACACUGUCCCCACUGGUGGGCUCAAGUGCCCAUUCUGCAUCUACUCCACUAACCGCCCUGCAGCAAUGGAGUGCCACCUGAAGACUCACUACAAAAUGGAGUACAAAUGUCGGAUCUGCCAGACAGUGAAAGCAAAUCAGCUGGAGCUGGAGAUGCACAUCCGAGAACACCGCCUUGGCAACCAUUACAAGUGCGACCAGUGUGGCUACCUGUCCAAGACCGCCAACAAGCUGAUUGAACACGUGCGCGUCCACACUGGUGAGCGCCCUUUUCACUGUGACCAGUGCAGCUACAGCUGCAAACGCAAAGACAAUCUCAACUUGCACAAGAAACUGAAGCAUGCUCCACGCCAGACUUUCAGCUGCGAUGAGUGCCUGUUCAAGACUACCCACCCUUUUGUUUUCAGCCGCCACGUGAAGAAGCACCAGAAUGGGGACUGCUCUGAAGAGGAGAAGAAAGGCCAGUAUUCAACCUCUAAGGAAGCCAGUCCACUCCUACCGGUGAACAGCUCCAGAAACCUCUUGUCACCCCUCUCAGUUAUGUCUGCCUCCCAGGCUCUGCAGACAGUGGCUAUGUCAGCUGCACAUAGCAGUGGGGCAGAACCAAACUUGGCAGUGAAAGCCUUGGCCAUCAAUGGCACCUCCCUGUGCUUUGAUAAAUACUGGAACUCAGAGUUCGCCCACCUUAUUCCUCUAACAAUGUUUUUCCCCAAAAACCACUACAGUCUCACAUUCCAUCCACCCAGACCUCAGACUGCACCGGGAGGUGCCUCUUCACCUAAACACUCCUUCCUUGCCUACCUUGGACUAACAGAAAGGGCAGAAACUGUCUGAGGGCAGUUACAUUCUGUACCAAAAAUACCCCAACAAACCCAGCAGGUAUACAUUGCUGCAAACCGUAAACCGAAGAGGUAAUGAACAUUUGUACUAUAUCAGUAGUAAGGUUUAGAAAAUGGCUCUGUGUAUACUUAUUGCAUUGACAUGAAAGCUGCUUUAUUAAAUCUUCAAGAGGUGACCUACUGCAUACUUCUACCUUCAGCAUGUUCCCAGUACUAAGAAACUAUUUUGUCUUGUUAAGCUGAAAAAGAGUGUCCUUACUGGCAAUCAGCGCUUGUAAGAUUUCAUACUGAUGCUUUUUUUUUUUUUUUUUUUUUUGUCUUUGUGUGCGUGUGGGUGUGUGAAAGAGAGUCUGUAAGCGUGCCAUGACACUGCUUUUGCACAUCCCUUAUAUUGGUUUAUUUAUCUAUUAUUUUUCUCCCUUGAACACUCUCGUUCCCUCCCUUCCCUCUGUAUCCCCCUGAACUGUAGAGUUGGGGCGGGAGUACUCUUGGUCUGGGGUUGACUGGUGUCAUUAUUUCAGUGCUGCAAGCAGCAUCGUUUAGUUGUUUGAUGCCUUGUAUUGAGUUGUCGAGGUUUGAGGAUUUAGGGUAGAGCUGAUAAGGAAGAAGUGACUUUCAGCACUGCAGGAUGAGAGUAUAACAAUGAAAAUGUGUGUGUGUAUACACCUGCACGUGCAUGUGCAGUGUACACACUCACACAGCAGGCUCACUUCUUAGCUGUUACGCAGGUGUAACAGACACCUGAGUCUGGGCCAUAGCAUACAUCUUUUGUUUUAAAAGGACAUAUAAAUAUUAUAUAUAGAUACAUAUAUGCUGUAUUAUGCAGUGGUUACCUUUUAGUUUGCAGGAACAACUUGUAUAACUAGAAAUCUAUGGUGGAAAAAAAUCCAACGAAGGGGAUUUUACAAAGGGUAUGGAUAAAUUCUGGGUAUAAAUACUCAGACUAAAAAAAAAAAAAAGGCAGAUUUGCACAGUGCUUUAGUCUUGCACUAGUUUGUUUCUCAGUUGCAAAAAAAAAAACAAAAAAACAAAAACAAAAAAAUUCUGCAGGACGAAAGUAAUAAGACUGUAUAUUUGAAAAGGUACCAAUAACUUUGAAAUAUAAAGCUAUAAAAAAGAUACUGUUUGAAAGAUACAGUUCUCUUUUAUAUCCUCACUAUUUCAAUUGUAUUUGCAGAUUCUAUGGUCCUAUCAUACCCUCCACGUUGUUAGUAAUACUUUAUUCCUUUCUGUUAAUGGCUGAUAGAGCAUACACUGCUAGGAAGCUAACUUUGUACUUAUUUAAUGCUCUUACUUUGUGGUCAUUAAAAUGACGUGUUAUAUAUGUGGCACUUUACUGCAGGAAGAAGCAAAUGCAGAGUGGUUGUAUAACCUUUGUUAAUCUCAAAAUGCCAACAGUGAUCUGAAAGAAGAGAAACUUAAUUGAUUUGUUCCUUAAGCAACUUAAAGAUCAGGAUGAAAAAUCCUCUACAUUUAAACUGAAAUAUAAAAUAUGAAACAUUUCAAAAUUUCACAGGACUUACAGGAAUACUUUCUUAGUGGAUUUUUGUUUUCCAUGGUGUCUCUUGGAAUUAGAUCUUGCUGUCUUUCACCAUCAGGUAUUGGAGAUGUCUGACCUCCUCACUUUUUUCAGUCCUUCUCUUUCUCUUGGCCAAGCCAUUGUAAGCUAUGUGCUGAAUCACAGCUGAUGUGCUACUUACCCACUCUCAUGCUGUUCCAAAGCAAUUUCUUCUGCAGGGUGCUGUGGGAAGGAGGGAUCUCAGCAGACCAGUUGGAGCCAGCCCCUUGUUUGGACAGCAUUAAGGCAAUAUCCCAGUUCAGGAAGGCAUUUCUGGUCCACAAAGGCUCUGAGCCACUCACGCAUAGGUAGAAACAUAUUCUCAAUCUUCUUCAUUUUUUAAAUGAAUCUUACAUGGAGUUUUUUUUUGAUUUUUUUUUUUUUUUUUUUUUUUUUUUUGAUGCAGAACUUGCAUCAUUUUAUUUACGUGGAAGAUUACUACAUUUGUUUUGCACUGAGAUGGCCAAACACUCUCCACAGGCAUGACCAAAGUCUUCCUGUUCAGGGAGGACAUCCUCAUUUGUGCACUCCUGUUUAACAUCCUAUUUACAAAGCUAUUUACAAAGGGGAAACAUCCAAAAUAGGAGGAGGUUAUUAUUUGGAAUAAUUAAUUAAAGGGCAGAGAAGUCCCACCAUUUUGUUUACAUUCCAGCAGAAAAUUUUGGUUCUACUGAGCAUAUGGCAGUUCUGCCUGUCUAUGCAGUAGAGAAAAGCCAUCUGUUCCAAAGUAAAUAUAAAAAUUUCAGUAACAACGCAACUCAGGGCCCUCUUUGCCAUCCGAACUCCUGGUAACCCUCCUGGGAGUACAGACAAAAUAGAAAGUGGUGUGUUAGUAAAUACACCAAGCAUAAAAAACUGAGUAUCUCAACAGUGUGAAAUAUGCAGUCUGCACCCAGAAACUAUACCAGUUCUAUAAAAUACACUCAAUGCACUAUAUCUCUGAUCCCACCAUAGUAAAGCAAACACUUCCAAAGCAAAAAGCUUUUUUUUUUCAGACCAACAGGGAAAGUACAGCUGUCUAGGAGGAAGUACAGAUAUUACUAGGAUGCUUUCUGUAAACCAAACUGCAAUAUAAUUAGGGCUGGAAGUUCCAAGAAUGAGCUGUCGGCACACAAAUGCCACGUGUUCAACAACCUUCCGUCGUAUCAGUACCUGACAUAGUAAUGUUUAAUAUACCUGGAAAUUUUGUUUAGCACUUUGGAAAGGAUAAAUUCAUUCUUUCUGGUACGUCAUAGAAGUUUUCUCUGUAAGGAAAAGUGUGUUAGGAGGUUUUUAUUUUUUUAAGAAAAAAAAAUACAGUAUUUAUCAGAGCUCACGCAUAUUAACAUAAUUGGUUAGCAGUUCAAGACUAAAGAAAGGAAUGUUCUCCAGAGAUAUCCCCUACCUAUUAAAGACCAACAGUUCUGAAAAAUUCCCCCCACCAUAAAGCUAAUUUCAUAAUAGUUUAUCCCUAUGCAUUCUUUAAUGAAGGCUAGUGUGUUUUUCCAUUAAGUACUUCAGUUAAAGUUCUCAGCACUUUUUUCUUUCUUCUGUAUUUUUUUAAUUUGGUGUAUUAUGUUCAAAUAUCAUUCUGUCAAGGUCUGUGUACAUUAUUAAAAGUUUGUAUUGUAUAAAGCUUUUUGCAUUAUAAGGCUGUACAGGGUCAUUUUGACAGUAACUGGUAUAUUCCUUUGCAUCUUAUGUUGCAUUGCCAAUUUCUAGUGUAUCCAGUUUGGAAGUACAAUAUACUCUAAUUAAAAAGGUUGGCUAUA